CAUCUCUCUCAACAUCAUCCAACAUGGCCUCCAACAACAACAGGAAGAAGCACCUCCUCAAGGUUAUCAUCCUUGGUGACUCGGGUGUCGGAAAGACAUCCCUCAUGAACCAGUAUGUCAACAAGCGGUUCUCCAACCAGUACAAGGCCACGAUCGGAGCGGAUUUCUUGACUAGAGAACUGGUCGUGGAUGACCGGGUGGUCACUAUGCAGCUCUGGGACACUGCCGGUCAAGAGCGUUUCCAAUCCCUAGGUGUCGCCUUCUACCGCGGCGCCGACUGCUGUGUCCUCGUCUACGACGUCAACUCGACCAAGUCUUUCGAAGCACUGGACGGCUGGAGAGAUGAAUUCUUGGUGCAGGCCUCUCCGCACGACCCAGAGAACUUUCCGUUCGUCGUCUUGGGUAACAAGAUCGACAUGGAAGAGAGCAAGAGAGUAGUCUCUCAAAAACGUGCCAUGACAUGGUGUCAAGCCAAGGGCAACAUUCCCUAUUUCGAGACUUCCGCCAAGGAGGCUAUCAACGUCGAGCAGGCUUUCCAGACCAUCGCCAAGAACGCGCUUGCCCAGGAAGCGGAGACCGAGUUGUAUGCCGACUAUCCCGACCCCAUCAGGAUUGACUCUGAAAACACUCAAAACUAUGGGUGCAACUGUUAACCUGUCUCCCUGCCUUCUUUCGACUUGAUGCGCUCUCUCGCGGUCCCAUCCCUCACGACAUUCCGGCCUUCCCAGUAUCUCUUUCCGACGACCUUUUGCCCAAACCCUCCCCUCAAUAUCUUUAGACCCUUCCGUCUCGUGUCCUCGCUCUCCUUCCUUCUCAUCCCUUCAACCUUGUCGUGACUCGAUGCGUGACACGAGACUUUUCAAACGAGGACAAUGAGAGAUGGUGGUGUCGACAAGAGGCGAGACGGAAGAUGGAGGGAGUUCAGCUUCUACUUUAGAACGGGCUGUCCAUCCUUUUCUUUUUUUUCUUUUCUCUUCUUGUAAUUGUGUAUCGCUGAAGAGGAACGGCCAUGCAUGCUUUCCACCACGUCUCGCGAGAUGCUAGUCUAUUACCGUUCAGGGGGUU